GCCCCGCCCGCCCGUGCUGACUUGAUACAAUUAUCUAACAAACCCCACCGGGUGAAUGUCGAAAACACUCCAUGCUGAAAACGUGCAAGCCGAGGAGCUCCGCAGUGAACGUGGCUGCAGAUCCAGGUAGAGGAGCCUGUUUCCAUUCCACUGCCAAACAAUGGAGAAAAUGGAGGUGAAAAUGGAAGAGGAGGAAGACAACUCAUUCAGCAACACUGACACAAAUGGUAAACGGCCAGCGGACGACAUGGAGGAAGAGCACGUGUUCAAACGUUCUCGCAACGCAGACGAGAUGGUGGAGCUGCGAGUUCUUCUGCAGAGCAAAAAUGCUGGUGCUGUUAUCGGAAAGGGUGGCAAGAACAUAAAAGCCCUGCGCACUGACUUCAAUGCCAGUGUUUCAGUCCCAGACAGCAGUGGCCCAGAGCGAAUCCUGAGCGUGAACGCCAGCAUCGACACGAUCGGAGACAUUCUGCUGAAAAUCAUCCCUACUCUAGAGGAGUACCAGCAUUACAGUGGGACAGAUUUUGACUCGGAGCUUCGUCUGCUGAUCCACCAGAGCCUGGCGGGGGGGAUCAUCGGGGUGAAAGGAGCCAAGAUUAAGGAGCUGAGAGAGAACACCCAGACCACCAUCAAGCUGUUCCAGGAAUGCUGUCCUCACUCCACCGACAGAGUUGUUUUGGUCGGAGGGAAACCAGAGCGAGUCGUCGAGUGUAUAAAAGUUAUCUUGGAGCUGGUGGCCGAGGCGCCUAUCAAAGGCCGAGCGCAGCCUUACGACCCGAACUUCUACAACGAGACGUACGACUACGGCGGCUUCACCGUUGUUUUCGAGGAGCGAGGCAGGCGACCAAUCGGAGGGGGGGGUUUCCCCAUGAGGGUUCGGGGGGGCUUCGAUCACAUGCCUCCCCCCUCCAGAGGCAGCAGGCCGAUGCCCCCCUCCUCCAGACGGGACUAUGAUGACAUCAGCCCGCGACGGGGUCCUCCUCCUCCUCCAUUGAACCGAGGAGGAGGUAGAGGAGGGAGCCGAGCGAGAAAUCUGCCUCUUCCUCCUCCACCGCUGCCAAGAGGAGGGGGGGACAGAUUCUCUCACGGCAGUUAUCACGGCGGCAUGGACGACAGACAGAGUGACAGAAGAGGCCGAGGAGGAGACCGUUACGAGAGCAUGGGUGGAGGAGGAUAUGACAAGGAACACUCAGAAGACAACAACUCCUCCUGGGAGCACUUCCAGUCUGGCGGCAGAGGAUCGUACAGCGACAUCGGAGGCCCAGUCAUCACAACACAAGUCACCAUCCCAAAAGACCUGGCGGGCUCCAUCAUCGGGAAGGGGGGCCAGAGGAUCAAACAGAUCCGCCACGAGUCCGGAGCCUCCAUCAAGAUUGAUGAGCCACUAGAGGGCUCCGAGGACCGAAUCAUCACCAUCACGGGCACGCAGGACCAGAUCCAGAACGCCCAGUACCUGCUGCAGAACAGUGUGAGGCAGUACUCUGGUCGCUUCUUCUAGAAAGGAGAGCGAUAAAGAAGAAGAGUGAAGCCAUGCCGCCAUACUGUUUCCUCCUCUUCCUCAGAGCCGACAUUCCCCUGCUUCUCCUCCCCUUUUCUUUCUCACAAAACACAACGAUUUUCAUUUGAAUCUCAAAUCUGUCGGACAGAUUCUCGUGGAGUGAACCCAUCUGUGUUUUUUAUUUCAGUGCAGCAUGCAGAAUGUAAUCUCUUUGUCAAGACAUUUUGUUUCUUCCCCUCCUUAAAACCUUUAAGCACACUUUCAAAAUGAAGCUGCAUGGUAUCAGAAUGGUGAAGUACCAUUAAAAUAAACUUUGAUUUUUACUCAAUUUCAGCAUACUUUUAAAGUGCUUUUUUGUAAGAGGGGGCUUUAUUGAAGUAGUUUGACUUUUCCUUCUUGCAAGAGCUUGGUUGGUUCUUAUGUGUGUAUGGAAAUCAAUCCUACUUAAAGAGGCCCUAUUUUGGUUUUGGGGUUUUCCCAAAUAGAUGUCCUACUUUUGCUUUAAGUUGGGAUAAAUGUGCCAGUGUGAUGAAGCAAAAAUAGAAGCUGUAUAAAGUGUGUGUAUAUAUUUACAUGAAGUAAACAUUAGUGUCAUGAGUGCUGACGUUAAAUAGGCCCUACUUUCUUGGAAGGAGAUUGCGCCAUAAAGCAGGUUAGGUCAUCUUUUUUUAAAUGUCUUUUCUGCCGCUCAUGACUGGCUGUGAUUCAACCUUAAUAUCUGAUCUGUUUGAUCCAUGAGUGUGUUUAAUUUUGAAGCAUUUUUUAAGUGUGUUUCGGAGCAUACAGAGUCCAUGUUGGUUGUCCUGUUACCUCCUGCAGGAGUUUAGUAAAUAAAGUCUGUCACAGUUC